AUGUCCUCGAAAUCGUUUAUCAUCACUCUCAAAGAUCACGUCCCUGAGGUCGAUGCCGAAGCCAUCAAAAAAUCCAUCUCGGGCCUUGGGGGUGAAAUCACUCACGAGUUUUCAUUGAUCAAAGGUUUCACUGCAAAACUACCGGAAACUCUCAGUAUUGAGAGUCUAAAGUCUAAGCACUCUGACGCCAUUGCCAACGUCGAAGAAGACAAAGAGGUCUCUAUCAAGAAAUAG